AAUCCCUUAUUUCGCCUCUUCAUCGUCUACAAUCCCCUCGUCGCCGGUGCCGCUUCCAAAAGUUUUGAAGCAGGUUGAAGAAAUGGCUGAAGUUGCCAAGGCAGGACAGCUCGUUCCAGAGUCUGUAUUGAAGAAGCAAAAGAGAAACGAGGAAUGGGCUCUUGCAAAGAAGCAAGAGGUUGAAGAGUUGAAGAAGAAGAACGCUGCCAACAGGAAGUUGAUCUUCAACAGGGCUAAGCAGUACAGCAAGGAGUAUGAAGCUCAGGACAAGGAGUUGAUCCAGUUGAAGCGUGAGGCAAGGUUGAAGGGUGGAUUCUAUGUGAACCCUGAAGCCAAGAUGCUGUUCAUUAUUCGUAUCCGUGGUAUCAAUGCCAUGGACCCAAAGUCAAAGAAGAUUUUGCAGCUUUUGCGAUUGAGACAGAUAUUCAAUGGUGUGUUUUUGAAAGUCAACAAAGCCACAUUGAACAUGCUCCACAGGGUUGAACCAUAUGUCACCUAUGGGUACCCGAACUUGAAGAGUGUGAAGGAGUUGAUCUACAAGAGAGGAUAUGGCAAGCUUAACAAGCAAAGAAUCCCAUUAACAGACAACUCCAUUGUUGAACAGGGUCUUGGAAAAUUUGGAAUCAUCUGUGUUGAAGAUCUUAUUCAUGAAAUCUUGACUGCUGGACCACAUUUUAAAGAAGCAAACAACUUCUUGUGGCCAUUUAAGCUGAAAGCACCAUUGGGUGGAAUGAAGAAGAAGAGAAACCAUUAUGUUGAAGGUGGAGAUGCUGGAAACCGUGAAAACUUCAUCAAUGAGCUAAUCAGGAGGAUGAAUUAAGCUAAUAAGCAAAAUCAUUUUGAUGUUUGGUGUUUUUGAAUGUUAGGAGGAUUAAUAGUUUGUUUUACUUAUGUUUAUGUCUUUUUGAGAGUUGGAUACUUUAUUUUUUUCAAGCAAAGAGAAUGUCACAUCAUUAAGAAUGUUUUCUAUCUACUAUUUUUGGUUUCA